CCACGGUUGCGUUGAGCACGCACAGCGAUUCCCCUUCCUGGUCGGAGGCGCAGCUCGCCCAGCCAAAGAAAGGGGCUGAAAGCCUUGAACUUGGCCCCCCGCUCCCCCUCUUCUCUCUCCCCCCACCCUGCCCCCUUUCUUCUUCCUCCUUGCUGGGGGCCCGGCCGCCCUUGCCUUUCCUCUCCCCUCCCCCCUCCCUUCCAACCCCCCCCCCCCCUCCUGCUUUCUCCUAUGGCGGAAACAAAAAUAAUCUAUCACAUCGACGAAGAGGAGACCCCUUACCUGGUCAAACUGCCCGUCUCGCCGGAAAAAGUCACUUUGGCCGAUUUCAAAAAUGUCCUCAGCAACCGGCCGGUGCAGAACUACAAAUUUUUCUUCAAAUCCAUGGAUCAGGAUUUUGGGGUGGUGAAGGAAGAGAUUUCCGAUGACAAUGCAAAGCUACCGUGCUUCAAUGGACGUGUUGUGUCCUGGGCUUUGGUCCUGGCUGGAAAGUGCCUCCCGGAUUCCCCUGGACAAGCGGGUUCUGGACAGACGGUAAUCUGGAGGAGCCACACGGAUCUUCCUCCUCCCCUCGAGAGAACAGGAGGCAUCGGCGACUCCCGACCCCCCUCUUUUCAUCCGAAUGCCGCAAGCAGCCGAGACGGAUUGGACAAUGAAACAGGGACGGAGUCGGUCAUCAGUCACCGGCGAGAACGACAUCGGCGGAGGAUCCGAGAAGGCCACGAAGACGUCACCCGCAUCAACGGGCACCCCAAGCUGGACAGGCAUCGAGAGCACCCGCCGGGCUAUGAUAGCUCUUCCACGAUGAUGAGCAGCGAAUUGGAGUCCAGCAGCUUCAUCGACUCUGACGAUGAUGAAAACACAAGCAGGCUGAGCAGCUCGACGGAGCAAAGCACUUCGUCCCGCCUCAUCCGGAAGCACAAACGCCGGCGGAGGAAACAGAAAAUGCGCCAGAUCGACAGGUCGUCCUCCUUCAGCAGCAUCACAGAUUCUACCAUGUCUCUGAAUAUCAUCACCGUCACUCUGAACAUGGAAAAAUACAACUUCCUGGGGAUCAGCAUCGUAGGCCAGAGCAACGACAGGGGAGAUGGGGGAAUCUACAUUGGCUCCAUCAUGAAAGGCGGGGCUGUCGCAGCUGAUGGACGGAUCGAACCAGGGGACAUGCUGUUACAGGUGAACGAGGUCAACUUUGAGAACAUGAGCAACGACGACGCGGUGAGGGUAUUGCGAGAAAUCGUCUCCAAGCCAGGGCCCAUCAGCCUCACAGUCGCCAAAUGCUGGGAUCCUACGCCGAGGAGUUAUUUCACAAUCCCCAGGGCUGAACCGGUGCGGCCAAUCGACCCCGCGGCCUGGAUCUCUCAUACCACGGCCCUGACGGGAGCAUACCCCCGUUACGGUAUGAGCCCCUCCAUGAGCACCAUCACCUCUACCAGCUCCUCACUAACAAGCUCAAUUCCCGAUUCGGAAAAACUGGAUGAGUCCCCCUUAACGGUUAAGAGCGACAUGGCCACUAUUGUCAAGGUGAUGCAGUUGCCGGAUUCGGGCCUCGAGAUCCGGGACAGGAUGUGGCUGAAAAUAACCAUCUCCAACGCGGUAAUAGGAGCGGACGUGGUCGAUUGGCUUUACACGCGUGUGGAGGGCUUCAAAGACCGAAGGGAAGCCCGCAAAUAUGCCAGCAGUAUGUUAAAACAUGGCUACCUCAGGCACACUGUGAAUAAAAUCACCUUCUCUGAGCAGUGCUACUACGUCUUUGGAGAUCUCUGCGGCAAUCUAGCUGCGUUGAAUCUUAACAACGGUUCCAGCGGGGCUUCGGACCAAGACACCCUUGGCCCCCUCCCACACCCAGCCGCACCUUGGCCAUUGGGUCAGGGCUAUCCGUACCAGUACCCCCUAGCUCCCCCGUGUUUCCCGCCAGCGUACCAGGACCCGGGUUUCAGUUAUGGGAGCGGCAGCGCAGGGAGCCAGCAAAGCGAAGGAAGUAAAAGCAGCGGCUCCAAUCGAAGCAACAGCGAGACCAGCCGGAGGGUGCUCAACCGGGAGAAGGAUCGCAAAUCGGCUGGCAGCGGCAGCGAAUCGGAUCACACUGCCCGGAGCGGGGGAGGGGGUAGUAUUGUACGGCACGAGAGGCCCCCCAGUCAGCUCAGCCACCGCAGCUACGUCUCCGCCACCCCCAGCGACAGGAGCCCUCACAGCCACCAUUCGUAUGGGCCCCCGGGAGUCCCUCCGCUCUACACCCUCCCAAAGCUGGGUUCUAAAGUCUACGGGACGAGCGGACCUCCCGGAGGGCCUCCCGUACGAGAACUCGGCUCCAUCCCUCCUGAGCUGACCGGGAGCCGUCAGUCGUUUCAGAAGGCUAUGGGCAACCCUUGCGAAUUCUUUGUCGAUAUUAUGUGAUCAGAAGUGCCUUCCAAGACUACACUAAGGGUUGAUUGUGUUCCAGCGGGGUUUGCUUUUCAGUUGGCGAAUCAACGUCGGAUGGUUAGAACAAAAUCAGGGGCUGAGAGAGGAGAAAAUAAACAUUUUGACGGUUCUUGCAUGUCACACCUUCCUGACUCUUGAUUGUGUGCUGCAGACAAGCGAGGAAGAGAAAGUCUGGGAUGUUGAAGAUCAGCAAAUCGGUGGAAUCUCCCAUACAAUCCUCCCCCCCCUUAUCUUUGUUUUUCUGAAUGUGUUUGUUUGGUGUUCUCUUCACGUAUAAGCUUUGUUCUUCGUGGCACCUCUUCCCAGUGCAAUUAUACUGUGUCCUUCUUGGCUGAAUCAAGGGAUAAUAUUUUGUAUUACACUUUCCCGACAUGCAUAUUUGCACCUUUUAAAAAUGAUUUUUUUUGCUUUUCAAGCCAUGUGCGUUGGCUACUUCUGAUUUUUCUUUUCAUGUUUGCUAUAAGGACAACACUAGUUAGCAGCUGUGAAACCUAGGGUGUAUCAAAGCAGAGAUGCAUUCUGGGAGGCUGUCUCCAGAGGUGGGUGGUUCCAUGCCGACAUUGUUUCCUUUAACUUCAAUAUUAACACAACUGAUCCCAAAAGGAAGAAGCCACUUAGGAGUAGAUGGAGUGCUGACUUCUGGGAUAUGUCAUCCUAAAUCACCACCAUGCACUUUGUAUUGGGUUUGUUCUGUACUCUUUGUUCUGUACGGACGGCCAAACAUUAUCCUCACAUUGGGUUGCUGUGACCCUAUCCGUUUGUCCAUUCUGUGGGAAAAGAAUCUUAUGAUGGCUGUAGUGCCUGCCAAUUUCCAAAAAGCUGCUGCAGGCAACCAUAUUGACAAGCCUGUGGCUCACCUCUUUCCUUGAUAUAGAUCAGGUGAAAACUGAUGCUUCGGUCACCAGUGUUAAUUUACCUGCGGUGCUGUGUUUCCCAGAGAAUUAAGGAAAUGCUUGACCCAGUGUUCUCCAUUUCUCUCUCUGGCGUUGGCUGGUUUUUGCUACGCUGCAGGUGGGGACAGCCAGAGUGAAGAACAACAGAAUCCAGCUUGCUAUAUGUACAUUAAAAAAUCAAAUAGACUGAGUUCUUUGGAACUCUCCCAGCCCCACCUACCUAACAAGGUGUCUGUUGUGGGGAGAGGAAGGGAAAGGAGUUUGUAAGCCUCCUUGAGUCUCCUUAUAGGAGAAAAAGGUGGGGUAUAAAUCCAAACUCUUCUUCAUUUCCUCCUCCUUCUCAUUCUCAUUGCAGGUCAAUGUAAUAAAUAGGAAAUUUCAAAAUUUGAUUCCAGUGAGGGAGGGCAUCAUUGCCUGGAAAUAUAUCAUUAAAUUUUGAGGCAACCAUGCAACCUCUUAAAGAAAUAAUAUCCAAGAGCCUCCUCAAAUGGUUUCCAAAUGAAGUUUGGGGUAGUAUCCCUCCUACCCCAAAACAGGUUCAACUGGAAUUGCAUUGUGAACGUACAAAAAAAAAUGGAAUUGGCUGACCUCGCACACUUUUGCUGCUAUGAAAACACACACCACUUUCUGACACAGAAUGAGCAGUGGAAGAGGGGAAAUGAUAUCACACAUUUCUAGAGCGAGGAAAGGGAAAUUGGCCGGGCAAGCACUUACUGGCUGCUGCCUGUGACGUUACGGAACUACCCCUGGAGAAAUGGCCAUAACGCUUUGUGGAAAUGGUUUGUGAUCAUUACUUUUUUCCAGUUGGAUGCAGACACAAAUGUACAAGUGGCAACGGUGUCAAAAACAUUAGCCAGGCUGUUGAAAGAACAAGGCCAGGCCCAAGAACUUGGUCCCGCAUUUGAUUUGUGAGAAAUGUAUGUCUGUAAAGCGGGAAAGCGUGGCUAAUCCCAAAGGCAGCGAACACCCUGUCAAGACUGUUACACUUGUCUUGGCAUUAACAUUGCCGACUGCCGGGCUCUUGUGGUUAACCCUCCUGUCAAAAGCCCCAUGUAAGUUGUCAUUCCUAUCAUAUGCAGAGAUCAGCAGAGUUUUCCCAUUUGCACAGAAGCCUUUCAGCUGAGGCCUCCGGGAGAAGGGAAACCCUCUUCUCCCCAGCCCAGCCUGUGUGGCGCUCUGGAACUAGGGGUGCUUCUGCGGAUCUCCCACGCCAUGAUCCCCUGCAACAGGAUAUGGUUCAUGGUCAGGGCUUAGGAAGAGGAUUCUGAAAACUCAUUUCUCUCUCAUCUCUGUGACUGCUGAAAAAUAAAAAAUAAGAACCAUCUAAUGA